UAGGAAAUUUUGGUCCCCAUAUUGCAGCUUUCCCAACCAACCAUGAACUCACCCGCACCACGCCGUUAACGGGUCCAGAACCUCGCUUCCAAUCUGCCCUCCCGUGUCCCCCUCCCUGUCCGAUUCCCCACAGUAGCGCCUCGCCCUCGUCCUCCUCCUCCAGUCCGGAUCGCCAUUUCCCACCGAUCCGUCCCGGCAUCGGCAUGGCUGCGCCCAAGCCAAAGGCGCCGGCGCCCAGUGCUUCGGCAGCCUAGCGUUUGUUUGCCUCCGAGGAUUUCCGCCUAUCGCGUUACCGGAUCUUCGGUGGGCCGGCGACCCUCUACGCCACUAUGAGCUCCGACGGGCGCCUCCGCCGCGCGCUGGCCGCGUUCGGCGGCGACGUGUGGGACCUCGUGGACGCGGCGCUCGCCGCCGCCGCGCGGGACAGCCCCGGCGACCUGCGCGCGCGCCGCGACGGCAUCGUCCAGCGCCUCUACGCAGGGGCAGCCCGCUGCCGCAACUGCGACGCCGACGCAACCCCGGCGCCUGCUCAGCCGAGGAAGGCGAAUGACGCCGUCGCUGCUGCUGCUUCUCCUGCGGCGGCGGCGUCGGCGUUUCCGGCCUCGCCUGAACAGGAGGUCGACGCGGACGGCCUCGACGACGUCGACGACGCGGCCGACGCUGGCAUGGAGAGCAAGAUUCUGGCGAUCAGGGAUUUCCUGGAGGACCCGGACCAGUCUGAGGACGACAUAGUGAGCCUACUGCAGAACCUAGCAGACAUGGAUAUCACUUACAAGGCUCUCCAGGACACGGACAUCGGCCGCCAUGUGAAUGGCCUGCGUAAGCACCCAUCCAGCGAGGUCCGGCAACUGGUGAAGCUGCUCGUUAGGAAAUGGAAGGAAAUAGUGGAUGAUUGGGUGAGGCUGCACAACUCAUGUGGUGAUGGUAGUGGCUCCAUCAUAAGCGAUGGUGACUCACCUGACAAAGUUCAAUCCAAGUACCAUCAAAAUACUCAUGCUUCAGACUUCAAGUAUCCCCCCAGCCCACAGAGGCAUAAUGUUUUGAGCUCAGAGAGAUCUAGCAACCACAAUUUGGUGGAGUCAACAAUGGAGAAGCGUAGAACGAGCCCUGCUCCUGCAUACAAUAACACCAAGCAGAACAACAGCAACAACUAUUCCAGUAUUUCAUCGUCAGCACCAGCUAGAGCAAUACGGGAGCAAAAGAACACUCUUUUGGAUUCUGAGAAGCUAGACUCAGCUAGGAAGAGGCUUCAGGAAAACUACCAGGAAGCGCAAAACGUGAACUUGUCAAAAUGACGUGCUAAAUUCAGGCCAAUGCUAUGCCACGAAAAAGCAGAGGACGAUACAAGUGAUGGAUAUCCACGACAUACCGAAGCCGAAGAACAGGAACACCUUCGUGCGCAAGAGCGGCAGCAGCGCCGGAUUCCCGGCAAAGCACCGGUGAUCUCUGCCUGACCACCAUCGGAUCUGUAGCGGACUCAGCGUAUUUAUUUCUGUACUAGCAAAAAGAAAAAAAAGAAAGAAAUUUUAAGAAGCAAACUCUUGUUUUCCCAGUUUGAUUUGUAGCCCUGCAGUCCAGCUCACUGAUAUUAUAGGGAUAUAUAUACUGCCUAGUCCAUGAGGCUACGCUUUUGUACCUCUCUUUAAGAUUGGAGAACAGAAGGAAAGCAAAUUGUGUUAUUAUUCAAUGACAUUCACAUUCCUGCCUGAUAAAGAUAUGGCCGGUA